AUGAUGAUACAACCCUCUUCACAACAACUAACUGUUGCUGACAUGACUGAUACUGAAAUUGAACUAUUAAAAAAACUUGAAGAAGAGAAUCGACGUAUCGAAUAUGAUUUAAAGUCGCCUGUUAUUACAACUCAAGGUACUUCAGUAAAUACACGUUCACCUGAAUUACAUCACAAACCAUUGCGACAAGAUUCAGUUUCAAGCAAUUUAAGCAAUGUGACUAUUGAUAGUGAUGGUAAUCUUGAAGGUGAAUGGGUUGUAUGGAAUAAAAUCAUAAAUAAUUGGUCAACUUAUAUUAAAAAAAAACCACAAUGGAUUAAAGAUACAAUUCGAGCUGGUGUUCCAGUUCAUUUUCGUUCAUUACUUUGGCAACGUUUAACUAAAGUUGAUACAUCAAUUGCUAAAUCAAAAUAUGUUGAUUAUAUAAAAAUGACAUCAGUAUGUGAAAAAGUUAUUCGAAGAGAUAUUUCAAGAACAUAUCCAGAACAUGAAUUUUUCAAAGAAAAACAUGGUAUUGGUCAAGAAAGAUUAUUCAAUGUUAUCAAGGCGUAUUCAUUAUUUGAUCGAGAAGUUGGUUAUUGUCAAGGCAUUGGUUUUAUUGUUGGACUUUUACUAAUGCAUAUGCCUGAAGAAGAAGCGUUUGCUGUACUUGUAUCUAUAAUGCAAGAUUUUUCAAUGCGUGAUAUGUAUAAACCUGAUAUGUUUUGUUUGGGUCUUUGUAUGUAUCAACUUGAAUGUAUGAUUCAAGAAUUAUUACCGAAUCUUUAUCGACAUUUUCAAACCGAAAAUUUUAAUACUUCAAUGUAUGCUUCUAGUUGGUUUGUAACAUUAUUUACAACUCAAUUUUCAUUGAAUGUUGUGUCGCGUGUGAUGGAUUUAUUUUUAAGCGAAGGUAUAGAAAUUAUUUUUCGUACGGCUAUUGCGCUACUUGAAAUUCAUCAAGAUGAAUUAAUGCUUUUAUCAAUGGAAGAUAUGCUAAAGUAUUUUCAAAAAGAAGUGCCUAUCAAGCAUGAAAAUGACCAUGAAUCUUUAUUUCAACAUGCUUUUUCUGUGCAAUAUAAUGUGAAAAAAAUGAAAAAAUUAGAAAAAGAUUAUAUAGUUAUUCGUAAAGAAGAACAAGAAGAACAAGUUGAAAUACGUAGAUUAAGGAAUGAAAAUCGUUUAUUAAAGCAACGAGUUGAAAAUUUAGAAACAGAAAGUGCAACAUUAGCAAAUCGUUUAAUUGAAGGUCAAGUAUUGAAUGCUCAAUAUGCUGAAGAAUCAUAUCAAUUAAAACGUGAAAAUUAUAAUUUGAAAAAACAAUUAGAAGAAAACAGUAAUCAAAAUAUUGAUAAAACUAUGAUACAAGAUAAUAAUCAAAAUUCAUCGGAUACCACCGCUAUAUUAGAUGAUAAAGAAGAAUUAGAAGUUCUACGUGAAACAGUUCAGAAAUUGGCAUUGGAAAAUCGUAGUUUACAGUCAUCACCACAAGGUGAAAUAGCUGCUUUACAAGAAGAAUUAACACUUGUUAAAAUGCGUGAUGCAGAAGCUCAAGUUAGUAUAAAUGACCUUCGUCAACGUAUAGCUGAUCUUAAUCAUGAAUGGCAAUUACAUAGUAGUACAUGUAGAACUAUUCGUGAAACAAAUAAUUUAAAUGAUUCUAAUCCAACUAAUGAUGCAUAUGAUUUAAUUGCUCAUGAAUUAAUAUCUCUUAAAAUGCGUGAGGCUCAAUUAGAUUGUGAUAAUAAACUUCUUUCACAAAAGUUAAUGGAUUCUGAAACACAAACACAAGUUUCAUACAAUCAAAUAAAACGACAAGAUGAUGAAAUACAACGAAUUCGUCUUGAAUUGGGAGAAUCCCGUAUACGUGAGAAUGAAUUACGUACACAAUUGAAUGAAAUUAAAAAUCAAUUGCAUGAUGGAGAAUUAAGACAAAAAGAAGAUUCAAUGAUGUUACGUAUUCGACAAAUUGAAAGUACUCAAACAAUUGGUGAUUUGCGUCAAAAAAUAGCUGAAUUAGAAAUUCAAAAUCAAGAAUUAAUAAGCCGUGGUCAAAUAAUGGAUGAUAAAGAUCUUCAAGAAAAACUUGUUGAACUACAAGAUGAGGUACUCCGUCUUCGACUGUUACAGACGUUAUAUCGUAAACAACCAAUAUCAACAGAUCCAACAAGUAUAGAUUAUGAAGAAAGUGAAGAUGGAAGUUUAACUUCUCCUUUACCAUUAUCAUCAUCAAUAAAUCAUCGUUUAAGUUCUUCAUCUACUGUUCUUUAUCCGACCUCAUGUAUAUCAUCUAAUCAUCGUCUUCGUCAAUCAACACCUUCUUUGUUUCCGACAUUUUCAUCUUCACAACCAUCAACUAGUUAA